AUGCCAACGGUCAAUUUGGACUACUCUAGAGCUCAUAAGAUCCUUAAUAGUGAUGAACCGGACAAUUUUGUUUCUACUCCAUAUGGAUUAUCGCUAUUAGAGAUCCAAGGAGACUUGAACUUACCUACAAAUUCACUGGAAGAUGAUCCUGGUACAGUGAAAAUCGACGAUAUCCGUGAAGCUGUCAAGUUCGGAAAAUUAGAGAUUGAUGAGAAGGAUUCUAGCCGAAUUACCCUUUACAUAGGCAAAUCUCAGAGAUUACUAGGAAGUAUAGUGGAUUUGGAUACUCCAUUGGCUGUAAUGAAAGUCCCUACCGAUGAAUCUGUGGAUAUCGAGAUCGUUGAUGUAAUUAAGAAAAAAAUGAUCUUUAAGCAAAGACCUCUCCCUAUAAUGACCAAGAGUAAUUAA